UACUGGUGGCUGCACGAGCGGCUGAACAUUGUCAGGAACAUGGCGGCUUCCAGGCAGGCAUGAGAGGGGAUACUUCUUAACGGAUUCGGAUGAACCUGGGCUAUUAUUUCAAAAACAGACCACCGAAACAGUUCCUCGGAUACUACAACACGAAUCUUUAAAGGACAUGACGUCCACCGGUUCCGCUGUGCCUGGCACCACCGGAGCUCCGUUGCAGCCGCGAUGGAAGCGGGUUCAGGGAUGGUCCGGGCCGGUCCCCCGGCCGAGACACGGACACAGAGCCGUAGCCAUCAAGGAGCUCAUGGUCGUUUUCGGCGGAGGAAACGAAGGCAUCGUUGACGAGUUGCACGUUUAUAAUACAGCAACAAACCAGUGGUUCAUACCAGCUGUUCGUGGAGAGAUUCCUCCAGGCUGUGCAGCUUAUGGUUUUGUAUGUGAUGGCACUCGUCUAUUAGCUUUUGGUGGAAUGGUGGAAUAUGGAAAGUACAGCAAUGACCUUUAUGAGUUACAGGCAAGCAGAUGGGAAUGGAAAAAAUUGAAACCAAAAGCCCCUAAAAGUGGAGCACCACCAUGCCCUCGCCUGGGCCACAGUUUUUCUCUUGUGGGCAACAAGUGUUAUCUUUUUGGAGGGCUUGCCAAUGACAGCGAAGACCCCAAGAACAACAUUCCCAGAUAUUUGAAUGACCUUUAUACCCUUGAGCUGCGUCCGGGCUCCAACACUGUGGGCUGGGAUAUACCGGUCACAUAUGGUGUACUGCCUCCGCCAAGAGAGAGCCACACUGCUGUAGUUUAUACUGAAAAAGCUACUAAGAAGUCCCGUCUUGUUAUAUACGGAGGAAUGAGUGGUUGCCGUUUGGGAGAUCUUUGGACUUUAGAUAUUGAUACACUGACCUGGAACAAGCCUGCAAUAAGCGGCGUAGCUCCCCUUCCCCGUAGCCUCCACUCAGCCACCACGAUUACAAACAAAAUGUAUGUUUUUGGUGGCUGGGUUCCUUUGGUGAUGGAUGAUGUGAAGGUGGCCACGCAUGAGAAGGAAUGGAAGUGUACAAACACACUGGCCUGCCUGAACUUGGACACCUUGUCUUGGGAGACUGUUUUGAUGGACACUUUGGAGGACAACAUACCCCGUGCACGAGCAGGACAUUGUGCUGUUGGUAUUAACAACAGACUUUAUGUUUGGAGUGGACGGGAUGGGUACCGCAAAGCUUGGAACAAUCAGGUGUGCUGCAAAGAUCUCUGGUACCUGGAGACCGAGCGACCUAAUCCCCCUUCACGGGUACAGCUUGUCCGGGCCAACACAAAUUCUUUAGAGGUUAGCUGGGGAGCAGUGUCUACAGCAGACAUGUACCUGCUUCAGCUUCAGAAAUAUGAUAUCCCAGCAGCCACUGCUGCCACAUCCCCAUCCCUCAACGCUGUUCCCUCCCUCCCUGGAAAUUCGCCUAAGAGUCCAGCGCCUGCCGCAGCUGCACCGUCUGCUCAGAGUCUGCCGCAAAGUGGCUUCACCCUCGUGCCCCAGGCGGCUUCUCCCACAGCCUCAGUCCUGCCCAGCACACCUGCAAGUCCUGUGGCUGCCUCAACCGCACGGGGCCCAGCUAUUCUGAAAGUUGCAGCCCCUCAGUCGGGCACCGGGACGUCGUAUGUCACUGUUCGGCAGGCCAGCCAGGCCGGAAAAUCCCCAGUCACUAUGACAUCACUUCCUGCAGGUGUUCGCAUGGUAGUGCCAGCACAGACCACUCAAGGAACGCCCAUUGGCAGCAGCCCUCAGAUGAGUGGAAUGGCAGCUUUGGCCGCAGCUGCUGCAGCCACACAGAAAAUCCCUCCUUCUCCUGGAGCUACUCUUCUCAAUGUGCCGGCGGGGGCCACGAUUGUUAAAACGGUGGCUGUGACACCUGGGUCCACCACUCUCCCCAACACCGUUAAAGUGGGAUCACCUGUCAUGGUAAGCAACCCUGCCACUCGUAUGCUGAAGACUGCGGCUGCACAGGUGGGCACUCCGACAGUGUCCAGUCCCACCACAGCUGCUCGGCCCAUCAUCACCGUGCACAAGUCUGGCACAGUAACCGUAGCCCAGCAGGCUCAGGUUGUGACCACGAUGGUGGGUGGAGUCACCAAGACCAUCACUCUUGUUAAGAGCCCACUUUCCAUGGGAGGAAACCUGAUUUCCAGCUUGGGCAAGGUGAUGUCAGUGGUACAGACCAAACCAGUGCAGACAUCUGCUGUGACUGGACAGGCCUCCUCCAACCCAGUGACUCAAAUUAUACAGACAAAGGGUCCCCUCCCACCCGGCACCAUUCUGAAACUGGUAACGUCUGCGGAUGGAAAGCCAACCACCAUAAUCACCACCAGUCAAGCAGGUGGCACCGGAAACAAACCCACUAUCUUGGGUAUCAGUGGGAUGUCCCCCACAAGCACCAAACCAGGCACCACCACUAUUUUCAAAACGAUCCCCAUGUCUGCUCUACAGCAGGGAGCUGCAGGCCUGACUAGUAGUACAGGGGUGAAGAGCCCAAUUACCAUCAUCACCUCAAAGAUGAUGACAUCUGGAACAGGAACUCCUGGCAAAAUCAUUACAGCAGUGCCUAAGAUUGGUACAGCAGCUGGCCAGCAAGGCCUAACACAGGUUGUUCUGAAGGGAGCUCCUGGUCAGCCUGGAACCAUCCUUCGCACUUUGCCGAUGGGAGGAAUGCGACUCGUGUCUCCAGUAUCUGGGGUCAAGCCAACUGUAACCACGCUGGUUGUCAAGGGAACAACCGGUGUAACAACACUUGGCACAGUCACAGGAACUGUUUCUACCAGCUUAGCUGGAGGAAGCUUAGCCAGUGCCAAUGCCACCCUGGCAACUCCCGUCACCACUCUGGGCACGAUUGCCACCCUCUCAAACCAGGUCAUUACUGCUACCGCUGUGUCAGCUGCCCAAAGCAACCUGAACACUGUCACCUCCACCAUGCAGCCCACCCAGGUGACUCUCAUAACUACACCCAGUGGUGUGGAGGCUCAGCCGGUCCAAGAUCUGCCUGUUUCCAUCCUGGCCUCUCCCACCUCUGAGCAGCCCACCUCUACUGAGUCUGGUGCAGGCGAUGCUUCUGGAAAUGUUACUUUAGUGUGCUCCAACCCACCCUGUGAGACCCACGAGACGGGCACCACCAACACGGCCACCACAGCAACAGCAAAUAUGGGCACUGGACCAGCUGGCACAGUACAGAGAGUGUGCUCCAACCCGCCCUGCGAAACGCAUGAAACGGGUACAACAAACACCGCCACAACAGCAUCUGCCAACAUGGGCGCUGUACAGAGGGUCUGCUCCAACCCACCCUGUGAGACCCACGAGACAGGCACCACCAACACCGCAACCACAGCAUCUUCAAAUAUGGGCACUGCUCCUGCUGGCACUGUACAGAGGGUCUGCUCCAACCCACCCUGUGAGACCCACGAAACGGGCACCACCAACACCUCAACAACAGCGUCAUCUAACAUGGGCGGAAAUCAAACCGGAACAGUGCAAAAGGUCUGCUCCAACCCACCCUGUGAGACCCACGAAACGGGCACCACCAACACCUCAACAACAGCGUCAUCUAACAUGGGCGGAAAUCAAACCGGAACGGUGCAAAAGGUCUGCUCCAACCCACCCUGUGAGACCCAUGAAACAGGCACCACCAACACCUCAACAACAGCGUCAUCUAACAUGGGCGGAAAUCAAACAGGAACGGUGCAAAAAGUCUGCUCGAACCCACCCUGUGAGACCCAUGAAACAGGCACCACCAACACAGCAACCACUGCUACCUGCAGUAUGGAGACUGAUGAGGGAACAGCCCAACAGAGUGAUGAAGUAUCAGAAUCUACGACUAGUACAGAAGGCCUGCCUUCCACUGCAGCUUCCCAGAGCAGAGCCAUUACCAUAGUCACACAGGCCACACCUCUACCAGGACCAGCUGUUCCGUCUAUCUCUUCAAUCACGGAGUCGUCCUCAGAGGCCGGAGCUGAGCCGGUUGUUAUGGAGAGUUCGGAAGCAGAGUCUUUGCAGACAGAAGGCCAGGCUGAAGCGGAGGCAGUCUCCAUGCAGGCAGAGUUCCAGACAGAGUCGGGGGAAGUGGCUAUGCCCAGUGACUUCCAGGCAGAGGCAGCGGCCUUGCCGAGUGACUUCCAGGGAGAAGCCAUAGCAGUAGCCAUGCAGGCAGAGAGCCAGGCGGAGGAAGGGGCAGUGCCCAUGGAGCAUGACGCUUCUAGCAUGGCAGAGGGAGGAACAGCUCAGGAGCAACUACCUACAGCAGAGAUGGAGGGCGUAGAAGCGGUGUCAGCAUCACAGGCCGAGGCGCUGGCCUUGCCACCAGAGCUGAUGUCAGAUGGGCAACCCACAACACUGAUGGUGACUGGUCUGACCCCAGAGGAGCUGGCCGUCACGGCAGCCGCAGAGGCAGCGGCCCAGGCUGCAGCGACAGAGGAGGCCCAGGCCCUCGCCAUUCAGGCUGUACUGCAAGCAGCACAGCAGGCUGUUAUGAGCUCAGGUGAUGCUGGAGGAGACAACCAGCAGACCCACACCAUACCCAUCGUUCUGACCCAGCAGGAACUAGCAGCUUUGGUUCAGCAGCAACAGCAGCUCCAGGCAGCCCAGCAAGCUGCUGCCCAGGCCGCACUGCCCACAGAGGGCUUGGCUCCGGCUGACAGCCUAAAUGAUCCCUCCUCAGAAAGCAAUGGACACAAUGAGGUCGCCGCCGCUGCCACAAGUACAGUAGUGGGACUGCUGCCCAGCACCUCGGCAGAGAGUAUGUGUGAAGCCUUGGCUCCAUCCUGUACAUUAGCACCUGCAGUAGUUGCAAGUCCAGCUAAAAUGCAGGCAGCUGCAGCUCUGACUGAAGUGGCCAAUGGUAUUGUGGCUGUGAAACAAAACCCUCCCACUGUUACAGUCAAACCUCAAGUGAAAAAAGAAAACCAGUGGCAUGAUGUUGGCAUUGUCAAAGUCACCAACAUGGUUGUAACGCAUUUCUACAUGCCUGCAGAUGACGCCGCUUAUGUUGAGGAUGAUUCUGGCACAAUACCUGACUACAGCCAGAUGAAGAAGGUGGACCUUCAGCCCGGGACGGCCUAUAAAUUCCGUGUGGCGGGUAUAAACACAUGUGGCCGUGGAGCCUUUUCGGAAAUAUCUGCUUUCAAGACCUGUUUGCCGGGUUUCCCAGGGGCACCAUGUGCCAUAAAGAUCAGCAAGAGUCCAGACGGUGCUCAUCUUACAUGGGAGCCUCCAUCCGUGACAUCAGGAAAGAUCACCGAGUAUUCUGUGUAUUUGGCCAUCCAGAGCAGCCAGACCACCGAGGUGAAACCCUCGGCCCCGGCCCAGCUUGCCUUCAUGCGCGUUUACUGUGGGCCAAACCCCUCAUGCCUGGUCCAGUCCUCCAUCUUGUCCAACGCCCAUAUAGACUAUACCACCAAACCCGCCAUCAUUUUCCGCAUCGCGGCACGCAACGAGAAAGGUUACGGCCCGGCUACACAAGUGCGAUGGCUGCAAGAGUCUAACAAAGAUGGCCUUUCUGCAAAGCCUGCCCCAAAAAGAGCAGUUUCUUCACCAGAUACGAAAGGGAUUGGUCAGAAGAAAGCAAGAAUGGACCAAUGAGCUCCUCUCCGUUCAUCCUCCAAGACCAGAAAGACUUACACUAUUCCUAAUGCUCCAUUCGGAUCCAACACAUCUUCAACUGUAACCAUCCAUCACAAACAGCACAAAAUCAACAAGGAAAUAGUGUUAAAGAAUACAGUUACUAGGGAAAUCGUUUUUUUCUUGUUAGUAGUGUGAAUGGAGAAAAGCACAUUGCAUAUUUUUGGGUAUUUUUCAACAUACUUGGAGUGGGAGGUGAAAAAAGCUUUUUCCAUUGUAGAGUCUUCCUUUCCUGCUCUCCCCCAUUACUUUCAAUACACGUAUCUUGCCUGAGUAAAUUCAAAUGCCAGUUUUAAGAUAUUCGUAUCGGUUGAUCUGUCAGCUGGGCUCAAUUGAAGAUGCUCUCUUUUCUGUGAUGGACUUGAGUGUGAAGUUUUAGUUCACGGUAAAUGUGUGGACACGAUUCUGAUCGGAGAUGAGUGAUGUAAUUUUCAUGGGAGGGGAAAAAAACGGAAAUGGGGUGGAAAACAAAAACAAACCAAGCACUUGUCCUCAGACAAGAGGGGAUAUUUUUCACUUGAAUGGCUCGGUGAAAUAAGAUCUGCAUAAGGAAUUGUUCUGGACUCCAGCCUCCUGGUGAAGUCUGAGCUCUUUUGCAUUAAGCAGAAAUCGAGCAGAACUGCAGAUAAAGACGUGGCCAUGGAAGUACAUUACCGGCAGGACAGAGACUUUGCUAGAACUGAGAUUUGCCAUAAAAAAAAGAAAGAAAAUUGAAAAAAAAAAAAAAAAAAACGGAAAAAAUGCAAAACUUCACAAAAAAUUUGCAAGCGAUGAUGGAGAAGAUCUUUUGUGUAGUUUAUUUUUGUAUUUUUAAAGCUUUUCUCCUGUGUGUCGUUUAUGUCUGUGUGCUUUUUUUUUUUUUUUAACUCACUACUUUUAUUUUUUGGUUUGUUUUUGUUUUAAAAAUUGCUGGCCAUCCCCAUUGGUUAAGGGGUUUGUGGGACGAAGGGCUUUUGGAUGGGCCGUUCUCAUGUCAAGUACUUUUACAAAAGGAAAGACCUUGUAUUUGUGCUCAAGUUGAGUGGUAAUGCAACUGAAAAGGAUGUAAACAUCUGAAGGGCUUUUACUUUGUUUACUGCAUAUUUCUAAGCUUGAUUCCACUCGGUGUUUGUGUAUGCCAAACCUUGAGAUGUAAAAAUCAUAAAACAUUGUUUAACCUUUUUUUUUUUUAUUCCUCAACUUAUCAAGACGCCUUUUAUUAGUAAACACUCUUUUUUUUCCCUUCCACUGGCUUUUCCUCUUAACUUUUUCACAACAUAUUCUUUGUCAAAUUUUCUCUGCUCUAGAUUGUGAAGGAAGUUGUCCAUGUGAAGAUGAAUUUCUACUUUUUUCCCCCUCCUUUGAUUAUCUGAGAGGUAUGCAAACUAAAUGUUCAGUGUAUACCUGUGUCUCCAUGUGGGUGAGGAUGGCUUUACUCACUCUUGGUGAAAGUUCAGUUUCAGCUGUAAUAUAGUUCAUUCAUAAUGCAAGAAGAUGAUACCCUGGCCUUUUAUAUAUUUACCUGUACAACGUUUUUACAUGUUGGUCAUCUCCUGAUUGCCUUUUUUGUCUUGACUUAUAAAAGAAAAGGAAAUAUAUAAA